AUGGACUUAUACGUCGCGCAACUCCCCGGGCUCUCCGUAGCUACUCACCUAUCGAGAGAGCUUGCACAGGAAAACAACAUGCCAGAUGGUAGGGGCUGGCGCCUAGGCCACAGUAAACACCCCAAGAAGCAAACCAAGAUCUCUUCGCUCAGAUCUGACGGCGAACGCUCCACAGCUACCGAAGACCAAGGUGACAGACCUCGUCAACCUAGCUGGCUAAAGACACUGCACAGCAGUAGAUCACAAACCCCGGUGAGUACCCUGACUGCAGGAACUGCAGUCGAAGACAUUGAAUAUGGGCGACGUGAACGUUUGGAGAUGGCGGCGUUGUACCGAGACUCUAAGCCAAAGCUCUCGCGGUAUACCUCGCUUUUCGCCUCGUUCAAGGACAGUGCAAGGAUACCCGAUUUUUCGGAACCAUGGAGUGAAGAGGCACCACGGCCGUUCGAAGCCUACGUUGAUCCACUACUUGUGACGCAGUCCGUUCGAUUGCAUAUUACCAGCUCAUCUUCUCCAAUACCCACAGAGCAUCACAGCGGCCUGCUUCGCGUAUUUGAAGACUACCGCAAGGUUCGGGACCAGAAGGAGCACCUAGAGAUGCUGCUGGAAGAGACACUUCGGGACUGGUCACAAGCACAGAUAGGUUGGUCGUAUUCGGAAGAUGCAUACCAUGCGGAGAUACGCCGGCUCGAGCUACUUAUAGCCCGCGGUGCAAGUGGCAUGAUGGGACUUGUGCAAGCGCGCCAGGGAAGUGUUGUGGAUCGUCAGCGGAGACACAGAAAGACCAGCUCGCACGACAGCCUCGCACGAGACCACAGGUUACUUCCCGAAGACAAACUUGACGCGGAAAUCAACCGUCUGAGUGAUAGAGGCAAUCUAAUUCAUCCAGUACUUCAUGGCCGACCGGUGUCCCCUUCCAGCAAGAUGGCGGUACUAUCUAAGCGGUUCUCUAACACUUCGGAAUUACUGGUUGGUACUCCUCCUGACUCGGAGAAAACUACGCUUUCACGCCAUGUUCAGAGCGAGCUAGACUUGAGUACAAUGCGCAAGGCUCGGCCGCCAUCGUCCGUCACGGGUUCUGAUAGCUCAGACUUCUCUGCAAGAUCCGGUGAUGCACUAUCAGACGAGACGUCAAUUCAUCAGACGGAAAUGCAGCCAGCCACUGAGUGUAAUGCUUUCAUAGCUCUCCGUGAGCUUGGCACGCUUGUGGCAAGGCGACGAGGCUUGCAGCCGGACAUCUUCAAUCACAAACUGAUGAUGCUGCUCUCAGAGCCAAUGCCAGAAGAACCCUCCAUCGUGCUCGAUAAUGAAGCAGAUGCGGGCGCAGUAACUUUGCAAGACAUCAAUGUCAAGAAGCAGGCUUUGGAACAAGGUGUGACGCAGACGCGCAUUGCAGAGAGGCUCCAUUCGCAACCACAGCUCAGUGCGCACCAAGGUCAUCGUCGACAGUUCUCCUUCGAACCAGGAGCAGACGAGCUACAAGCUCUCUUUGAGGAGGCUACGCUAGAUGACAUGUACACCCACUACGAAGGGCCUGAGGACUCUGUCGCACAGGUCUCGUCGCAUACCAUACGCUACACACCGGUGAUACGGUCAGAAAGGUCAAGAGGGUCGACUCAGAGCUCGAGGGCAGACUUUGGCAACAUGUCAGAUUACCCGAGCCCGGCCCCAAGCCUGGGCCGUAGUAGCCAAGGAAGCUCGACAUCAAGUUCAGAGGGGAUGGACAAGACGUAUCAAGAGGGCCGUCGUGGGUCGCAGUCGAGUGUGGUUACGGCGUUCCGCGAGGACGUGGGGAGUGGAAGGGUUCAGCCACGGGACUCGGGUAGGCGUAGUUCCCUUGCGAGUUCGCACACAGGGUCAUGCUUGUCCGUCUCGAGAGACGACGAUGACUCGAGUGGCACCGGACUCGACAGCGGUUCCCAGGCCGGAGCAACAGCAAGCACACGGAAGGCCGGAGAUCAUACAUCACGUGGCGAAAGCAGUAGUGCCAAAUCGACGAUGAUACCGCCACCGCCAACGCACAAGAGGCAAGGCUUCGGGGGAGGUGAGGAUAAAGGGUCGGAGGACAUGGCAGCAAGUGGAUGA